CAGCUCCGAAAACAGCUAAUCCAUGAACUGAUGCACCCGAUUUUAAGUGGAGAGCUUCAGCCACAGGCUGUUCCAAGCGAUGACAGUUCACUUUUGAUCACAGCUUCCAACAGUUUGGUGGCAGAUCAUCUACAGAGAUGUGGCUAUGAGUAUUCACUUUCUGUUUUCUUUCCAGAAAGUGGGCUAGAGAAGAAGAAGCUGUGGACUAUGCAAGAUCUUCUUCAGUUAAUGAGGAUCAAUCCAAAAUCCAGUCUUUACAAAUCACUGACUUCAGGAACGCGGAAGGAAAAUAAAGGUUUUCUUAUGCAGAUUUUAAUUGGACUUACAGAGCAUCAUCUAAGUAAGGCAACUCAUGAUAUGGAAACUCAGACAACCUCGGUGCCUCCUUACAGAGGAUCUCUGGCUGAGAAGCUUCAGCUGAUUGAUGAACAGUUUGCAGAUUCUUAUCCCCAGCAUCAGAGAUAUGAAUCUUUAGAAGUAAAACUUCAUGAAUAUAGAAAAGAAGUAGAGAAGCAGCUUCAAGCAGAAAUGUGUCAAAAGCUAGAACAUUUUAAAGAAGUUGAAAUAGCCAAGAUUAAAAUGGAGGAGAAAGUGCAGACCCAGAAGGAAAUCUCUGAGCUGCGUCAUGAGUUGGAGAAGGCACAUCAAGCAAAAUCUGAAGCCUUGAUUUCUCGUGAAAAGAAUGCUAUUGAAAGGCUUCAGAAGCAACAAGAGAUAGAAGCAAAGGAAGUGUACGCUCAGAGACAAAGUCUACUGAAAGAUAUUGAAGCCAUAAGGACCAGAGAGGCAGAACUGAAGCAAAGAAUUGAGGCAUUUGAAGUCACCCAGAAACUUCAGGAAGAGAAAAAUAAAGCUAUUGAUGAUGCACUUCGACGUCGGGAGGUUGCUGUGAAAAACAUAGAGGAUACCUAUGACCAAAAGCUUAGGACGGAACUCUUAAAGUAUCAGCUUGAAUUAAAAGAAGAGUACAUAGCCAGAAGCAAUAAAGUUACAGAAGAUGAGAAAAAAAAUAAAGAGAAAGCUAUGCUUUUGCAUGAAGAAGCUAUGGCUGUUAAUUCAAAAAAGGAGGAACUCAAGCAAGCUAUAUCACGCACGAAAGAGCUUGAGCUGGAUUUGGAGUCAGUGAAGGCCCAGGUUCUGUUGGUAAAUAAACAGAAUCAGUUGUUGACAGAAAAACUGAAAGAGGUAUCAGACUAUCCUUUGCUAAAGGAGGAGAAAUUGGAGCUCCAAGUGCAGAAUAAGCUACUUAGGCAACAGUUGGAUGAGACUCGCAGUGAGAACCAGCAUCUUCGAGACAAGCUGUCCCAGCCCUCGGCAGAGCAUCUGGCCUGCCAAGCAGAGCUGAGGAGAGUGGAACAUUCCAAGAAGCUGGUGCUGGAGGAGUCUGAAAGUCGUAGGCAGAUCCUGGAAAAGCAGCUACAAAGUGAGGUUGAGCGUUGUGCCCAGUUAAAAACUCAACUGCUGGACUAUGAAGCUACUGUCAGGAAGUUAAAUGUGCAGGUUGAAGAACUGAAAGUGCAGUUGAAACAAACACAGGCAGCCCUGGAAAAUGAAGUGUACCGGAACCCAAAGCCUUCGCUUGUCGAUCGCUCUGUCCUGGACCUCACUGGUGACAGAAUUGUGCCUCAGGACAUCUACCUGGACGGCACGUUCCUGAAGCCUCAGGCUGGGACCGAUGUGCUGAAGGUAAAUGCUGUGCCAAGAGCUGGCUAUCGUCAGCAGUUACAGCCAUGCAGUGCUUCUCCAGAUUCUGACCUGGAGUGUCUGGCGCAAAUCUGGGAUAGACUGAAAGAACUGGACAGAGAGUCAGAGUAUCUGGGGGAAGCCUACAGGAACUACCAGCACAGAGUCAUGCAGGACGUGGCUGCAAGCAGGACGCCAAGAAAGCUGCAGUCUCCUUUACUGCUACAGUGUGCUGUUAAUAGAUCCCCCUUGACUACCCAGCAUGAACUUCUAGAGGAUAAUCCCAGCUCCCAGCAGUCCCCCCUGAGCAGUCCAAGAAGUGAAAAAUACAUCAAAAGGACAGAGCAGGUUGAUGUCUUUAAAAGUCCCUUAACACCUCCACACAGAGGAGCAUCUUCUUCAAGACGCCUUUCUUCUACCCCCAUUUCCAAAUUGGAAAGAGAUCUCAGCAACAAGAAAAUUUCAGAUGAUAUGAGUGGCUCAUACCUUGCCUCCUCACAGCAGAGUGUUGACCAGGUGCUUUCUCCUAUUUCAAAGCCACAUCUGCUUUCAUUAUCUGAGUCUGUUUCUUCUUCACCAUCCAGUCAUGGCCAGAAAACCAGACUUCAUAACCAAGGAACGGACAAACCAGAUUUCAGUGAUAUCCCCAAACCAGAGAAACUAACGUGUGAAGACCUUGAAGAACAUAUUUCUUCCCUUGAGU